CAUUUUCUGCCUACUUUCCAAACCUUUUUCAGUGUCGGAAAAGAUAAAAACAAACUCAAGUUCCUUACCGAGCACAUUCUGCUGUAACUCAAGGAAGAAGCUCCAUUCGAGGCUUGUUGUUAUUCUGAGCUAACUGUCAGCCAGAAAGCUAGUUACCUGUUGUAAACUCGACUGUCAGAAUGUCUUCAGAUUUUGAAACCUACGAGCAGGACUUUGGAACAAUUACAGCGGAAAUAACUAAUAAAAUUGGCCGAAUUCCCAAACUAAGUGGAGAAGAGAAGACACAGCUGGUUCUAAAUGUCGACAAACAGCUUGAAGAAGUCAGAGAGUUGCUGGAGCAGAUGGACCUGGAGGUACGAGAGAUCCCCAUCCAGAGCAGAGCCAUGUACAACAGCAGGCUGAAGAGCUACAAGCAGGAGAUGGAAAAGCUUGAGAAAGACUUUAAAAGGUCACGCAUUGCCUACAGUGAUGAGGUGCGCAACGAGCUCCUGGGGGAUGACGCCGGUUCCUCUGAGAGCCAGUUGAUAAAGUUGCGUGAAGAGAGAGCACAUCUGUUGGACAACACAGAGAAGCUGGAAAGGUCAUCACGGCGACUGGAGGCCGGCUACCAGAUAGCAGUAGAAACUGAACAAGUGGGGCAGGAGAUCCUUACCAACCUGCACAGUGACCGUGAGAAGAUCCAGAGAGCUAGAGAAAGGCUGAGAGAAACCGAUGCCAACCUGGGCAAGAGUUCCCGCAUCCUUACCGGCAUGCUGAGAAGGUAAGAGGCAGGAUCAUCCAGAAUCGGAUCCUGGUCUUCAUCCUUGGAGCGAUCGUCCUCCUCACCAUCAUCCUGGCCAUCUAUUUUAAUGUGCGAGGCCACUGAUCUCCCCUGUACAUACACACAUACAUACACACACACUCCCUCCCUCCCCCGCAACGCAAACACACACACACUCUCGUGAUUAAUAGCGACAAAAGCGUUGUUCUGCUGUAAUUAGGACAAAUGGUCCCCAUGAAUCACUAUUUCCAAAGCCUGACAGCAAGCUUUUUUUUUUUUUUACCAUUCCUCUUUCCCUUUUUGUUUGCAGUUUCUUUCUCUUUCUUUCCUUCUCCUUCUUCCCUUUUACUUUCUUUUUCUCUUUCACUUUCUACUCCCCCCCCCCCCUCCCAGUCAGGCUUGUUCUUACAUCUCCAGGGACUGGAACGCAGUUUUUGUUUUUCUAAUAGUUAAUAUUUUUCAUGGUGUCGUCCUCUGUAUGGUUUGCACCCCAUCCUGUCCCUGGGUGAACACAACCUGGCCAUUUUUUGUAACUCACUGCAGGUUUUUUUUUCUCUUUCUUUCCCUGUAAUAGAGGUGGGUUUUUGUGUUAUUCAGGGUGUGUGGAUGCAUGAAAGGCAGAGAGAAACUGAAGUUCUGCACGUCUGUAUGUUUGCGCGCGUGCAUGCAUGAGUGACAGUCAUGGAUGGGGGGCCCGCACUGCGUUUCUUAUUGACACCAACAGUAGACACACAUACUGUAUUAGCUUCUGUAACUAAAUGAUUCAGCUGUUUUUCAUGUAGCCCCCCCCACAUGUACACACAGCACAGAGGACAGUGCCUUCAGUUUAGAUAUGCUGUUCACACUCCCGCUUUAAAACGCUCAGCAGAGCCCAAAAUAGACAAGUGGCACUGCCUUGAAAAGAGAGGAUGCACCUAAAAAGGUUGAGGUUAGUCAAACUUACGUUCAUUGAAUCAAGGAGAAAUGAUUUUUUUUCCCUUUUAUUAGGAGGAGACUAAUUGCAGGUUUGUUUUCAGGAGCAAAUUCAUGUAUUUUUCAGAGAAUUUGGAGAUUGAAGGACAUGAAAUAAAAAGUUUUGGUUUUUUUUUAAUAGAUUUUAAUACAAAGGGGAAGUGACCUCAGACUUAGUAAAUACAGCACAUAAACAAAGAGAAAUGCUUCUUAUGACACUGUAACCACAUCUGGAACAGCAGCCCUUUCCAAAUACAAACCCUUCAGUAACUGAUACCCAAUUAUAGGCAUCCUACUGUGUGUACUAACAUUUAAAUGGACAUCAUGUAUAGUGUUUUUGCGCUUAAUAAGUGAUUCUGUUACUAUUUAUUUAUAAAUGCAGAGUCUCCAUUCAGAUUUCUGUGUUAGAACUGUGUAUUUUUGUGAUGUUGAAAUUAUUCAGAAUUAACGUUAAUCACAUGUUUGUUUCUUCUUAAUUUGUGGUUGUUCUCUGAUGCAGACUGUACACCAGGACCAGCUGAAAUAUGUGGAUUUCUAGUUUUGCAUCUUAAAGGCUCCCCCCCCCUCUUUCUUCUAUAAACUGGUUUUAAAAUUUGUACUUUUUGUUCUAUAUUUUCUAUGUCAACUUCUGAAGACUGCGAUGCGGCCCUUGUUUCUGUGUUUAUCUGUGCGCUCACUGAUGAUGUGAUACAUCUGCAGGUGUUUGAAAAAUGCGUGCUUGAGUUUACCAGCGUUUAAUUCUUCAGGGGAAAGCCAUUCUUCGGGGAGGGCGAUGGAAAAUCUAAAUUUAAGAGCAUAUUUGGAGAAUUUUUCAGAGGUUGUUGUAUAGAUGAAGGUAAUGCUGUG